UCCUGAUAAAUGAUGAUUAAUUGCUGUUGUUGUUAUUGUUGAUCUGGUGUAAGGUAGUGCAUCCGUCACUUACCUCUCUUAAUGCAUGUUAAUAUAUGCAGCUAUGUAAAUUAUUGUUUUAGAAAUAAUUAGGUUUCUUUAACAUGGGGACUUGGGGGUUUUAUCUCUUAAUUUUAUUUAAGCAGCCACCUGCACCCCACCCCCCCCCAACCUUUUUUUUUUCGGUCACAAAAUUCAUCGAUUACAUUCAAUGAGUUAUGUUUAAGGAACAUUUUCAUCUAUAAAUCAAUCAAUUUACUUAGCUGCCCUGUAUAUAAUAAUAAUAAUUAGUGGUCUUAUAUAGCGCGGUACCCAGCCUAGGACUGUGCUCACCGCACUGUAUAUAAAAAAAUAUUAGCAAAAGAGACAUACUCAUGACAUUAAAAUCAAAUAAGUUUAUGAAAUAAAGAACAGCGUGUAACCAAAAAAAAAAAGAUGUAUAUUCACCCACCCCACCCCAGAACUUUUACAAGGCAAACCAUGGACGGAAGCCAGCAGGAUCGUUUAUCGGUCAGAGGAAGGGAAUCAGUCAGGGUAGUAUAGUUGAAAUAAGAUGUGUUUUGAGUGCAGUUUUGAAGGCCUGGGUGGUUGGUAUAUUGCGGAUGUGAAGGUGGAAAAAAAUUCCAUUGUUUGGGGGCGCAGAAAGAGAAAGAUGUUUUAGUGUGUGUCUUGGGAAUGGACAGAAUACGCGUGUAUGCGGAGGAGCGAAGCUGUCGAAAGGGUGAAUAGACAGAAAGAAGUUCGGUUAGAUAGGAAGGGCAGGAAUCCGAGAAAAAGUUGUGGUAGAGAACAGACAACUUGUAGUCAAUGCGUGCCUGUAUAGUGAGCCAAUGAGUUUUGGUAAACCUGACAGAAGAGAGUUGCGAUGGUCAAGACGAGAGAGAAAAAGAGCACAGACUAGAGAUUUUGUAGCGCUAACUUUAAGGUAGUGGCGGAUGGAGCUGAUCUAACGGAUAGCGGUGUAUGCCGAACGACAAAUGUGAGAUAUGUGUUUAUCGAGAGACAUGUUGUUAGAAAUAAUAUAGCCAAGAUUCUUAGCAGAGGGUGUAAACUGUAUGUCGGAGUUACCUACUUGAAAUGAGGUGGGAAGAGUUGAGAUAGAGGAUGAUGUGAGAUUCUGAUUGAGGAGUUCUUCCGUUUUGUCAUCACUAAGCUUCAACUUGCUGAGUGUCAUCCAUGACUUGACAUCAUCAAUGCACCCCGUAAAGUCUGGACAGCGGAUUCAACAAGAGAUGGAUGGGUAUGCAUGUAUAGCUGUGUAUCAUCUGCAAAUGACUGGCUCUCAUCAGCAUGCCUCCCAAGCAAGAGGAGCAGUGGUCUGGUAUACAAUGUGAAUAGAAUCGGGCCUAAAACAGACCCCUGUGGUACUCCAUACACCAAAUCAGCACUGCCUGAGAGACAGCCAUCGACAGAGACCGCCUGCGUUCUAUCAGAGAGGUAGGACCUAAACCAAGCCAAAACUGAACCAGAAAUUCCAAAGUAAUUUUCAAGGGUUUUGAAAAGGAUUUCAUGGUCAACAGUGUCAAAGGCCGCACUGAGGUCUAAGAGGAUCAGGAUGGAGACAUUACCGCUGUCCAUUGCGCGCAAGAGGUCAUUACUGACUCUCAAGAGAGCUGUCUCUGUUCUGUGGAAAUGUCUAUAGGCCGACUGAUUAGAACUGAGAAGAGAGUGGUCAAUUAAAUAAGCAAAAAUUUAUUUUAGAACUAGUUUUCAAUUACUUUAGAUAAAAAUGCUAAGUUAGAUGCAGGUCUAUAAUUUUUUAAAUUAUUUUCAUCCAGACCGGGCUUCUUAAGCAAUGGUUUGAUGACAGCUGAUUUGCAAAGAGGCGGAACAGUGCCAGAAUAUAAGCUUUCAUUUAGUAUGCGGGUUAUCGUUGGGAGCAAGAUAUCUAAUGACUCAAGCAACAGGGGGGUUGGGAUGGGAUCCAAAGAACAUGACGCAUGUUUAGAUUUUAAAAUUAUACUUUUGACCUCAAGCUCUGAAACAGGUUUGAAAAUAUUGAAUUGUGAAGUAAGACAAAGAAAAGGAGGCUAUUCAAGGAGCGGCACAUCAAGACGAUAAAGCUCAGCGCGAAUGCCAGCAACUUUGCUUGUAAAGAAAUCACAGAAAAUAUCUGGUUGCUGUGGCAAAGGACACACCGAAGGAAGAGCAGUUCCUUUGUUGCUCCCUCUAAGGUGACUGCAAACAUCAAACAACUGGCUGCUGGUUUUACCCAUAGUUAUCUUUUGGCUAAAAUGCGUAGUCUUGGCACGACAAACAAUCUGAUUGACACGCUUCUUGGAAUCCGAAAAGAUCUGCUUAAACUCCACAAGACCUUGACCUUAACCACUUCUCUUCUGCACUGAGCGCCAAUUUUAUUGAACAAUCCUGAAAUAUGGAUGCCUCCUAGUUGGACAACGUGUACCAGGCCAAAUCUAGGUUGGACAUAACUCAAACGUUCCAUGUUGUAAUCUGGGUUACUGAGUCAUAAAUUGACCAACUGAGUCAUAAAUUGACCAACUUAGUUGACCAACUGAGUCAUAAGUUGACUAACUGAGUCAGCUGACCAACUGCGUCAUGUUGACAAAAUAGCCAAAAAAUGACUAACAAAGUCAUAAUGUGAUCAACUGAAUCAUAAAUUGACCAAGAUCAACUGAAUCAUAAAUUGACCAAGAUCAACUGAAUCAUAAAUUGAUCAACUAAGGCAUAACUUGACCAACUGAGUCACAAAUUGACCAACUGAAUCAUGUUGACCAACUGAGUCAUAAAUUGACCAACUGAGUCAUAAUCUAACCAACUGAUUCAUUUAUUGACCAACUCAGCCAUUAAUUGACCAACUGAGUCAUGUUGACCAACGGUGUCAUAAAUUGACCAACUGAUGUCAUAAAUUGACCAAAUGAGUCAUAAUUGACCAACUGAGUCAUAAAUGUACCAACUGAGUCAUAAGUUGACCAACUGAGUCAUGUUUAAAAACUGAGUCAUAAAUUGACCCACUGAGUCAUAAAUUGACCAACUGGGUCAUAAAUUGACCAACUGAGUCAUAUGUUGACCGACUGAGGUCAAAUAUGACCAUCUGAGUUAUGUGUUAGUCAACUGAGUCAUAUGUUGACCAACAAGAGUCAUAUUGAUAUGUUAGCAACCAGCAACCUUUCAUAACAGACACAGAAAAUCUGUGGGAGAAAUGUCAAGAUGACAAUGGUGGCGUGAUAUGAAGGUUCUAAAUUUGCUCACUGCUUUAAAAUCCUAUAAUUCUCAUAAUCUAUCAGCCCACCCCCAUGACCCAUCUUGUGAGAAUGGCUGAUGUUAAUUUGCUGCGUGUAGUUUUUUGAGUCGAUUUAUGACUGGAGUAGUCAUGGCUGGAAUAGUUAUGGCUGGGGUAAUCAUGGCUGGAGUUGUUACAUAGUAUUCACGUUAAGUAUUUUUUUUUUUUUUUUAUUUCGGCCCAAUUUGAAACAUUUGCAUUUGACGCUUUUCUCACCCGAACUAGAUCAGUUGAGAUGUGAUGAGAAUGGACAUGAUCGGUUGCCCCCUCAGUGGUUUGGGGGAUGGGGGUUGGCCGUGCUUUAAAGGUAACAACAAACAUUGAGUUGUUUAUUAGAAUGAAUGCUUUUUAAGGGGGUAUAAGUUUAACUUUGAUCAUUUUAUAGAUAGAUAUUUUGACGAUAAAUUUAUUAUUAGAUCGAUAUUUUCAUGCUCAAUAUUAAAUCGAUAGAUAUUUUGUUGAUCAAUUUAUUAUUAGAUAGAUAUUUUGAUGAUCAAUUUGUUAUUAGAUAGAUAUUUUGAUGAGCUGUUCAAAUAUUAUAUAUCUUUGGAUUCUUCCGACUAUCAAAAAUAACUUUAGAUUCAUAUUCUCGAUUCUCUUCAUUGUAUAAUUCUCUGGUGAUAGUUGAGAUUAUGAUAAUCUAUUGUUUGAGGAUUUUUCUCACAAUUCUGAGAACCUUUUUACACUAUAAUAUAUGUGAAACGUAUGAUAUUUAUAGCGGUAAAUAUUCCCAGUGACUAGAAUUUGUUGACGCUGAAAGAUAUGCUGAAAAUUACCCUCUACAAAAAAUAGCACCAAAAUGCCGUACAACUUAAAAAAUAAAAUUAGACUUUAAAUGUCAUAUUGGACAAAUCCAAAAUUUAAAUGUCAUAUAUGACAAAUGCAACAUUAAUUGUCAUAUUGGACAAGGCCAACAUUAAAUGCCAUUUUGGACAUAGCCAACAUUAAAUACCAUUGGUUGUCUAUCUUUGGCCUGGAGAGUUAUUGCUAAUCUUGUGUAUGCCUGGUGUAUUCAUUAAUUAAACGUGGAUUUGUUAUUUGUAUGGUGGUGAAUUUAUUCGAUUCAUUAAAUUAUGUUUCCAUUAUGGAUUGGUUUCAGGCAUUCGCUUUUUGUUUCAGACAUCUGCUAAUUAUUUUAUCAGAACUGAAGAAAGAACCCAAAUAAUGGAUGAUUUACAGCAAACAAGAUUUCUGCUCAUUAGCAUUCUCUUAACAAUUAUGCAUAUAAUCUAACUGGGGGAAAUGGAAAGGGAGGGGUGGGGCUUCAUUACCACAACGAUGUAACACAGUCUUUUAGCAUAAGAUGAAUUUUCAGUUGAUAAAAUUUGCAUCAUUCUCUGGCAGACCAGUCAGUCAGCAUCUUAUGUCCUUAAGGUUGGAGGGUUGCUCUGUCCGCAUUUGGGGGAGGCAAUCGCCAGCUUGAUUACUUAACCCACGUGAGUUGGUCUCCUAGAGUUACCGCCCAGUGUCCGCAAGUAAGUGAAGGCCAGUUCCAGCCGUCAAACCGUUGGUGACCCGAUUGUUGGAUUUAACGGCCCUGAUCUUUGGGACUCUUAGUGCGGUCAAAGCUGCUGAGACAGACUGUUACGUCACAGCCAGCUCAACAUCUGGUAAUUUUUUAAUUCUACUGCACAAAAUUAAUGUGUGAGUAUUAGUAUGCUGCAUAGUAGAUGUGUGUCACAGUUAAUUUUUUUUUUUUGUAUAGAAUUAUAGAAGACCACUGUAACAAUAAUAAUUAUUAUUUCACUAGAGCAGUGUAACAUAGGAAUAAAAAACAUUGUCUCAUCAAUAGUUUUAUUCUUCACUAAGACGAGGUAAAUGAAGAAGGAACAUUUCAAUGGAUUCUAAUUUUAAGUUGUUUUUUUGUUUGUGUUUUUUUUUUUAAUGUUGUUCGUCAGUCGGCAGUCGACCAUGACCACUUUAAUCAUCAGAGUUUGUGCUGGUUCUGUCUGUGGGUGCGCAGAUGGCUCAUGAGGCAAGAAAUUAUCUUGUGCAGUAGGUGCAAGGGAAUGAUGGUGCAUCUCCGGGAGCAGAGUCAGACCGGGCAUUCCUUGCACGUCUCUUGCGCUCUGCAGCCGCUGUUCUGCCAAAUUCAUGUUGCAUGGAGCUCCCGUGCAAAGUGGAACGCCAUGAAGUUCGAUCCUUUGCUUGUUCCUCCCACGUGUCUUGGUUUAUGUUGAACGCUUUCAGUGAGGCUUUUAUCUUGUCUUUAAAGCGUUUUUUCUGUCCACCAGCAGACCGCUUUCCUUGUUCAAGCUCACCAUAGAAAGUUCUUUUAGGAAGACGUGGUCAUCUGACAUUCUUAAAACAUGUCCUGUCCAGCGAAGCUGGGACUUCAUUAAGAUGUUGAAGAUCCCGGGGAGACCUGCCCACGUGAGCACCUCAGUGUCUGGGACCCUGUCCUGCCAUUUAAUGUUGAGGAUUUUUCUGAGUCUUGUUGUAUGAAAGUGGUUCAACAUUCUUGCAUGGCGUUGGUAGACCGUCCACGUUUCACAGGCAUAGAGAAGCGUAUAGAGAACAGCCGAGAGAAGCGUAGGGAGAACAACCCCCUGAUAUACUUUCAGUUUAGUUUGAGUGUUGGUACCUCUCCUGGUCCAUACGUUUUUAGUCAAUCUUCCAUAGGUUGCGCUGGCUCUCGCAAUACGGAGAUUAACCUCGUCAUCGAUGGUUGUGCUUUGGGACAGUGUGCUGCCGAUACAGGUGGUCCUUGGUGGUAUCUGUCAGGACUUUCGUUUUGGCAUGUAGCCUCUUGGGAUUGAAUAGAUUGCGGUCAGUUCGGUAUCUGGGGCCAAUUCCAGCGUCUCUCUCUCUGAAUGCAUCGGUCAGCAUUGCGGAAAACAUGAGGCUGAAAAGUGUUGAGGCAAGUACACAACAUUGUUUCACCGUUUAUUACCGGGAAUGGUUUGACGUCUCCCCAUUAUCCCGAGUUCUAGCCUGCCUACCUUCAUGGAAUAGUCGUACCAUUGACACGAACUUUCUGGGGCAUCCUUAUUUGGCCAUGAUCUUCCAAAGGCCCUCUCUACAGACAGUGUCGAAAGCUUUGGUCAGGUCUACAAAGGUUAAAGAAGUCAACAUUUUGUUCCCUGCACUUUUCCUGUAGCUGUCUGGCUGCAAACACACCAUAUCGAUGGUUCCUCGUUCCUUCCGGAAGCCACAUUGAUUUUCUGGCAGUAAACCGUUUUCAAGAUGCCUGUUAAGACGAUUUAGCAAGAUUCUGGCUAAUAUCUUCCCUGCAGUUGAGAGCAAUGAUAUGCCACGGUGGUUGUCGCACGUUUGAAGGUUUCCUUUAUGCUUGUACUGGUGAACAAUAGAUGCAUCUUUGAAGUCUUGUGGAAUGAUCUCUUGCUGCCACAAAAGUAUGACCAGCUGGUGAAACCUGUCAGGCAGAGCUGUCCCGCCCCCCCCCCUUCUUUGUAUACUUCAGACGGGAUUGAGUCAUCACCUGAUGCUUUGCCGCUUGAAAGAAGGCAUAUUGCAUGUUUCGUUUUUUUUAAUCUGUAACAGUCGAAUCUAAAUGAUUACAUUUUUUUAUAUAGCUGGUUUUUGUUUUGUUUCGUCUAUUCUUCAAAUAUUUUUUACCACGUAAUUAAUCAAAUUCUAAAAAUUAAAUACAUAUCUGAAGAAAAAGCACUGGUAUUAUUGCCGUUACUUGGUAUGUAAGCUCAUAUGUUUAAUUGUUUUGAUUUCAUUUGAUAAAAGUACAUUGUGGUCGUUGCACCAGUAACGAAGUUUAUAUUUACAGAGAGUGGUGAACGCGUCAAGCGCAAAUAAUGAUGACGUCACUUCUAUUGUUAUCAUGUUGUUGCCUGAGUCUUGCCAUGUCGCAGAGUAAGUAGGUCACGCCUCAACUGGUCGUAGGUUCACAACAUGCGCACCAACAAUUGUUUACCCCGUCUUACAGCCGUAGGGCCUUGUUUCUCAGUCCGUGGGAGAGUAUAGAAGUGAGGGUGUGGGGGGACUUGGGAAGUGUGUGUGUUGUGAGAAGGAGAGUGAUAGCGUAUGGAGUUAACAACAAUACAUAAAUUGUCUUUCGUUAAAAGACACGGAAAUGUUUAUUUUGUAUUUGUUGUUCUGUUAGGUAUGGAGUAAAUCCUUAAGAUAAACACUGGCAAAACACUGGCAAAACACUGGCAAAACACUGGCAAAACACUGGCUUAUUCGUACAAACUUAAAUCAUGUUGACUCAACCAGGAACAUUUUUUUUUCUUUUAGCUUCAUCACUCCUAAAAUUCUUAAAUGAUUCUAAGUUCUUACAAUUAAGGAAAAUUCCCUUAUUAAGCAAACAAAACUUGAAAGAUUGACUAUGUCUUAAAUGUGUCAAUAUUGUGGGGCUGACAGCGAUGUCAGUGAUAACGAGAUUAGAUACCUAAUAGCAGUGGCGUAGCUAGGGAUUGGGGGGGGGAUUUGGGAGCUGGGGGGCUUGGCCUCUUUAGGGGCCCCUGCAUUUUGACAUUCGACAUUACUUAAUGAAAAAAACAUUCGUCACGCCUUUGAGCCCCCCCCCCCAAGUAGGGGCCCGGGGGGACUUUUUGAAUUUGGACCCCCCUCCCCUAGCUACGCCACUGCCUAAUAGAGGACUUGACAUAUUAAAUAGAUCCUUUCUUUAGUUAGGUUUCAUCCGUCCUGUGCCAUAAAUCCAUCCAAUUUUAACAAUAAAUCCAUUCAAUUUUAACAAUAAAUCCAUCCAAUUUUAACAAUAAAUCCAUCCCAUUUUAACAAAAAAUCCAUCCAAUUUUAACAAUAAAUCCAUCCCAUUUUAAAAAUAAAUCCAUCCCAUUUUAACAAUAAAUCCAUCCAAUUUUAACAAUAAAUCCAUUCAAUUUUAACAAUAAAUCCAUCCCAUUUUAACAAUAAAUCCAUCCCGUUUUAACAAUAAAUCCAUCCAAUUUUAACAGUAAAUCCAUCCCAUUUUAACAAUAAAUCCAUUCAAUUUAAACAAUAAAUCCAUCCCAAUUUAAGAAUAAAUCCAUCCAAUUUUAACAAUAACUCCAUCCAAUUUUAACAAUAAAUCCAUCCCAUUUUAACAAUAAAUCCAUUCAAUUUUAACAAUAAAUCCAUCCAAUUUUAACAAUAAAUCCAUCCAAUUUUAACAUAAAUAUAUCCAAUUUUAACAAUAAAUCCAUCCAAUUUUAACAUAAAUCUAUCCAAUUUUAACAAUAAAUCCAUCCAAUUUUAACAAUAAAUAUAUCCAAUUUUAAAAAUAAAUCCAUCCAAUUUUAACAAUAAAUCCAUCCCAUUUUAACAAUAAAUCCAUUCAAUUUUAACAAUAAAUCCAUCCAAUUUUAACAAUAAAUCCAUCCAAUUUUAACAUAAAUCUAUCCAAUUUUAACAAUAAAUCCAUCCAAUUUUAACGUAAAUCUAUUCAAUUUUAACAAUAAAUUCAUCCAAUUUUAACAAUAAAUCUAUCCAAUUUUAACAUAAAUCUAUCCAAUUUUAACAAUAAAGCCAUCCAAUUUUAACAAUAAAUCCAUCCAAUUUUAACAUAAAUCUAUCCAAUUUUAACAAUAAAUCCAUCCAAUUUUAACAAUAAAUAUAUCCAAUUUUAACAAUAAAUCCAUCCAAUUUUAACAAUAAAUCCAUCCCAUUUUAACAAUAAAUCCAUUCAAUUUUAACAAUAAAUCCAUCCAAUUUUAACAAUAAAUCCAUCCAAUUUUAACAAUAAAUCCAUCCCGUUUUAACAAUAAAUCCAUCCAAUUUUAUCAGUAAAUCCAUCCCAUUUUAACAAUAAAUCCAUUCAAUUUAAACAAUAAAUCCAUCCAAUUUUAACAAUAAAUCCAUCCCGUUUUAACAAUAAAUCCAUCCAAUUUUAUCAGUAAAUCCAUCCCAUUUUAACAAUAAAUCCAUCCAAUUUUAACAAUAAAUCCAUCCAAUUUUAACAAUAAAUCCAUCCAAUUUUAACAAUAAAUCCACCCCAUUUUAACAAUAAAUCCAUCCAAUUUUAACAGUAAAUCAAUCCCAUUUUAACAAUAAAUCCAUUCAAUUUAAACAAUAAAUCCAUCCCAAUUUAAGAAUAAAUCCAUCCAAUUUUAACAAUAACUCCAUCCAAUUUUAACAAUAAAUCCAUCCAAUUUCAUCAAUAAAUCCAUCCCGUUUUAACAAUAAAUCCAUCCAAUUUUAACAGUAAAUCCAUCCCAUUUUAACAAUAAAUCCAUUCAAUUUAAACAAUAAAUCCAUCCCAUUUUAACAAUAAAUCCAUCCAAUUUUAACAAUAAAUCCACCCCAUUUUAACAAUAAAUCCAUCCAAUUUUAACAGUAAAUCCAUCCCAUUUUAACAAUAAAUCCAUUCAAUUUAAACAAUAAAUCCAUCCCGUUUUAACAAUAAAUCCAUCCAAUUUUAUCAGUAAAUCCAUCCCAUUUUAACAAUAAAUCCAUCCAAUUUUAACAAUAAAUCCAUCCAAUUUUAACAAUAAAUCCAUCCAAUUUUAACAAUAAAUCCACCCCAUUUUAACAAUAAAUCCAUCCAAUUUUAACAGUAAAUCCAUCCCAUUUUAACAAUAAAUCCAUUCAAUUUAAACAAUAAAUCCAUCCCCUUUUAACAAUAAAUCCAUUCAAUUUAAACAGUAAAUCCAUCCCAUUUUAACAAUAAAUCCAUUCAAUUUAAACAAUAAAUCCAUCCCGUUUUAACAAUAAAUCCAUUCAAUUUAAACAGUAAAUCCAUCCCAUUUUAACAAUAAAUCCAUCCCAAUUUAAGAAUAAAUCCAUCCAAUUUUAACAAUAAAUCCAUCCCAUUUUAACAAUAAAUCCAUUCAAUUUAAACAAUAAAUCCAUCCCAAUUUAAGAAUAAAUCCAUCCAAUUUUAACAAUAACUCCAUCCAAUUUUAACAAUAAAUCCAUUCAAUUUUAACAAUAAAUCCAUCCAAUUUUAACAUAAAUAUAUCCAAUUUUAACAAUAAAUCCAUCCAAUUUUAACAUAAAUAUAUCCAAUUUUAACAAUAAAUCCAUCCAAUUUUAACAAUAAAUCCAUCCGAUUUUAACAAUAAAUCCAUCCAAUUUUAACAAUAAAUCCAUCCGAUUUUAACAAUAAAUCCAUCCAAUUUAAACAAUAAAUCCAUCCGAUUUUCAUUGGAAAUAACAAUUUUAAUUUGAAUUAAAAACUAUUUCUUUAUUCUUUAUGUUAAUUUAAGUUUGUUUUGUGUUUUCAGAGAUGAGCCAUAUUCUAAUGAACAUGGUGGCUCAGGACCCAUACGCCAGAAACAUGAUGCGGCUGCCGUUAUUCCAGGAACUUUUUGACAUUGAGAUCCCACCGACCAGUGAACCUAGUGCAAAACAACUAGGGGUGGCGAGUCUUUUUGGAAUGGCGGGUAACGGGAUAUUUGGUGGUCCAUCGGCGGGGGGUAACGCGCCCCGUGCACCACCCACCGGAAGUUCUACACCAAGCCAAUCACAGACCAGUGAAGGUAUGUUAGGAGCAUCUUCAUGGGACAGAAGCGGCUUCGGGUCUGGCCAGCCCGUAGGUAGAGUCACGGGGCCUUCUCAGUUUGACGGGGGCUAUCAGAUGACCGGAAGUGUGCCUGACACAUCUCAGAAUGGUCCCCCACAACUGGGAGGCAGUUUAACGUGGCCACAACAAAAUAAUGGACGCUCGUUCGGCAGCUCUCCAGUAGGAAAUGGUUUGAACUGGCCUCCGACAGUGCCGUCAAAUUCACAGAUGGGGGGAGGUAACCAAAUGACAUGGCCCCAGCAACCAUCAGGGAAUCAACAAAUGGGGGAUGGCAGCUCCUGGCCUCCACAAAUGGGAGGUGUCAUAGCAUGGCCACCAUUCGGAGGUAAUAUGCCAGGAAAUCAACAAAUGGGAAACAACAUACCUGGAAAUGCUCAACCCCAAUGGCCUGCACAAAUUGGAAGUAAUCAGCAGCUAGGCUAUCCUGCCAACCAGGGGAAUUCUCAACCCACAUGGCCUUCCCAGAUGGGUGGUAAUACGCAAAGUGGCAACCCUUCCAACCAGAGAAAUUCUCAACCCACAUGGCCUUCCCAAAGUAAUGCGCAAAGUGGCAACCCUCCAAACCAGGGAAAUGCUCAACCCCAGUGGCCUGCGCAAAUGGGAGGCAAUCAGCAGAUGGGCAACCCUCCAAACCAGGGAAAUGCUCAACCCCAGUGGCCUGCGCAAAUGGGAGGCAAUCAGCAGAUGGGCAACCCUCCAAACCAGGGAAAUGCUCAACCCCAGUGGCCUGCGCAAAUGGGCGGCAAUCAGCAGAUGGGAAACCCUUCGAAUCAGGGAAAUGCUCAACCCCAGUGGCCUGCGCAAAUGGGAGGCAAUCAACAAAUGGGAAAUGGUGUUCCUGAAAAUAAUAACCCGAUAUGGAGUGGCAUGGCAAGGCCACCUAACACGGGCGAUAGUAUGCAAGGGAACAAUCAAAUGGUUGGUUCCAUGCCAGGGAACCCUCAAAUGGGUGGCCCUAUGCCAGGCAACAAUCAAAUGGGUGGCGCCAUGCCAGGGAACAAUCAAAUGGGUGGCCCCAUGCCAGGGAACGCUCAAAUGGAUGGCUCUAUGCCAGGAAACAACCAAAUGGGUGGCCCCAUGCCAGGGAGCAACCAAAUGGGUGGCCCCAUGCCAGGGAACAACCAAAUGGCUGGGCCCAUGCCAGUAAACAAUCAUAUGGGUGGCCCCAUGCCAGGUAACAACCAAAUGUCCAGUUCUCCUCCAUAUGGAAUAUCUUCCAACACGCGUCCAAAGAUCCCCUUAGAUUUCAUAGUGCAGCUCUAUAACACAGCAUCCAAUCCUACACAAGGUGAACCUACAUCUGGCAACUCAGCUAUGGAAGGUCAGGUGUCACAAACAGACCCCUCCACAAUGGCCAGUUUUUCUAACACACCCAGACAACCUCGGGCUGUCAUACAGGCAGGUCAGGUCAUUCUUCCAAAGGGACCACCUUCACGGAACUUCAUUGACAGACUUAUGGCCCUUGGUGGUGCUGAAGGCAUUGAAAUUGUCUAAAUACACUCAGCUUGUUCUGAUAGAACAUGAGCGCAACUUGUAGAUAUUAAAGACAUGGUUCAUAUGAGAUUGUGUUUAUAGUUUGUAUAUAGUCAUGUACAAUUGUAUGUAUGUGUUGAAAAAUGUCAUCCUUGAGUGAUAUUUCGACCAGUAUGUUUGUGUGUAUCACGAGGUCCCUAUUUAUUUUUAGGAUCUUUGUUACGAAUAAAAAUAAUCACUAUAUGAGACUGUAAUAAUAAGUUGUCUCAGAAAAGUUAAUUUUCUUUGCUCUCUGUUUCUGUCGAAGACUUUCAGCCGAUACGUACGCUGUUUUGUCUCGUCUGUCUGCGGUUUUCUCUAGCCCCG